CGAAGUUUCUCUCUUUGCUCAUACACCAAAGCGAACGUAGGAAUGGAAGCCUUUACAAAGCUCUGCACCACUGGACUGCCACUUGUGGCCAUUUCACAUCAUUUGAACGGGACGAGCUAAUUAGCGUUAGCUCGGUCCAUUAGCCUCACGGCUGUAACGGCUGUAACUUGACUGAACGUCACCUCCGCUCCGUGCCGCGUUCGCAGCCACGGACAGCACAGAUCACAUGAUCCAUUCAGAGCCUUUCCUGUCUGUAGGAGCUCCAGAUAGAGACACAAGCAGAGGAAGAUGAAGCUGAUCAUCCUGAACGACUACGACCAGGCAAGCGAGUGGGCUGCAAAGUACAUUAGAAACAAGAUUCUGCAGUUCAAAUCUGGGCCCGACAGAUAUUUUACCCUGGGACUCCCCACAGGAAGCACUCCUUUAGGUUGUUACAAGAAGCUGAUUGAGUACUACAAAAAAGGAGAAAUCUCCUUCCAGUAUGUCAAAACUUUCAACAUGGAUGAAUACGUUGGACUCCCCAGAGAUCACCCAGAGAGCUACCACUCCUUCAUGUGGAAUAACUUCUUCAAGCACAUAGACAUAAGAGCAGAGAACACCCACAUUCUUGACGGCAAUGCUCCUGACCUGCAAGCAGAGUGUGAAGCCUUUGAGGAGAAGAUAACAGCUGCUGGGGGAAUUCAGCUGUUUGUUGGAGGUAUUGGACCGGAUGGCCACAUUGCCUUUAAUGAGCCAGGUUCAAGCUUGGUCUCCAGAACCAGAGUGAAGACCCUUGCUAAGGACACUAUCAUGGCUAAUGCUAGAUUCUUCAAUGGAGACCUCUCAAAGGUGCCCACCAUGGCUCUGACUGUGGGAGUGGGCACUGUCAUGGAUGCAAAAGAGGUCAUGAUUCUCAUCACAGGUGCGCACAAGGCGUUUGCUUUAUACAAAGCUAUUGAAGAGGGAGUGAAUCACAUGUGGACAGUGUCCGCAUUCCAGCAGCACCCGCAGACGGUUUUCGUAUGUGAUGAAGAUGCCACCUUGGAGCUGCGGGUCAAGACUGUGAAGUACUUUAAAGGGAUGAUGCAUGUGCACAACAAGCUGGUUGAGCUCCCUCCCUUAGAACCGAAGAAGAUCUGAAGCAAUCUCUUUCAUGCCUUAUAUGGAUAUUAAGGCAUUUUGGGCGGAAAAAAUGUACACUCCAAUGAUUCC